CCAGCAGUGUUCUCUUCCCGCGCUCCUCAUCUCUCAGUCGAAGGAUAAUAUAGAUCGCAACAUUUUCACUCUCUCAGAUUUUCUUCUUCAAUCAGACUUCAGUAAUGUAGAGGAAGAACAGGCUCUCGGAUAACAUUGAUUCCGAUUAGAGUAUUUCUGAUAGAGUUACCUCUUCUAGUGCAAAUUUAGAUAGAUAAGUUAGACUUCUGCUAGGGCUUUUUAUUCAAUUUUUUUUCUUGAUUCAAUUUGGAACUAACAGAAAUGGAGGAAACUUUGGAGGGUGAUUGGUCAGAAAAAUAUAUUUCCUUGGAUGGUCCUAUGGAUAACAAGGGGUAAAUACAAGUUCUCUCACAGUUCGAGAAACUAAGAGGUAUUCAUUUUGAUUCAUUUCUUCUAUACACAUUUCAAAUGUAUAACUACAUCUUGAAUGAGUAUGUCACACUUUGUUGGAAAAAUUAGUCCCCGUGUGUCUCUGCGGAUUCUUGUCAACUUGAUCCAACAGAAAAAGUGUCCACUUCAUCUUGUUAGGUAUUAACCUGAAACUACGAUAGCUACUUUUUCUGACUCAGUAAUAUUUAGCCGGACCUCCUGCAGAGAUCAAAUCAAUUCAUUAAAAUUGGUCAUAUUUACUGGAAUAGAAGGUUAAAGAAAACCUUCUUUUCACUACCAUAAGAAUAAAUCAACUCUUUUUCCUCCAUACAAAUAUGUGCACGUUUUCAAUUUACAUAGCUUCCCUCUUGAAUCUUUUUGUUAGCAGAGGCUAGUAGGUUUUUGUAUUGAUGAUGAAAUUGAAUACCCUCUCUUUAAUGAUGAGGAUGAUUCCAUUCGUCGUCCGAGAAUAUCUGCUUGCUACUCGAAUGAAAGAACUGACUACUUACCAACAGUUGCAUCGAUCUCUAACUCCGACGAAGAAAUUACUUCUGCUGAUGAGAAAGUUAGCCUUCAUACACUGGGAAGCGUAAAAAGGGAUGUUGGUGGCACAUGGUCCAGAGCAAGUCGAGAAGCUGCGACAUUACUUAGUUUUAAUGAAAACUCUGGCAGGUCCUCAUCUGGAGGUGCCUUCGUGAAGGAAAACAAAUCCUCUAAAAGUGGUGGCAGGGACAAAGCCAAGCCCAAAUUUUCUUUUGGUUUCCAGUCAAGCAAGGAAGAUCUGCCUUUAGUUCUUAGGCAUAAGAAUGAGAAUGGGACAGCUUUGGAUAAUAUUCCAUUACCGUAUCAAUUCGAUGCUGCAGCUGACAGAGACAUGAACCAGUCAAUUGAUGGUACGAGGUGGGUUUCUCAUGGACAAGAAAUAGAGCAGACUGAGAUUCACACAGUACAAUCGGAACUGGUCCUUAAUUGUGUUUUUAAAGAGCAUUCAAUAAUUGAAUUUCUAGACUGCUUUAAGGAGAGGAGUGGGGUGCUGCAAGGAAGUUCUGAAAUGGAUAUUGGGAAAAGAGGAAGAAACCCACAGAUUAUUCCAAAUAGAAAUCCAUCCCCAUCGGGUGAUGGAAGGAUGGAUGGUGAUGACCUAAUUGAAGCUUUGGGUAAUCGACUUUCCAGUGAUGAUGAGGGGAACCCUCAAAGUUUCAAGUCAAAUAUUCCUUGCAGGACUAUGGUGGAUCAAUUUCAGGAAGCUUUUGGAACUGUUCCUGUGAAUGAUGAGAGGCCACACUUAGUGCUGCCUAGACUAUUGGGCGGUGGAUUGUUUGGAAGGUUGCAGCAAGUAAUUCAGAGUGAGAAGGAAAGGGAUUCCGAAUACUUGAAGAAUUUAUGUGCAGAAGACGGUUCAAAGGAUGAAAGAGAUUGCAUUGCUGUAAGAAUUUUGUCAAGGUCUCUGGAGGCAAAGCUGACUAUUUGUUCUAGCACUUUUAUUGGAGAUGGAGAGUUACACGCACUAAGAAUACAAUAUGCUAAAUAAAUGGUGAAAAAACUCUUGCUCUUGCAGCCCUUUGCAUUUUCAAGAUAUUUGGAAAUACCAUACAGCUCAUUUUCAUUUAAAAUUUUGCAACUUUUGAGAUAGAAGGCUGUGGAACUCUUGCAAGGUGUUCUGUAGUCUCUUUCACUGUCCUACAUGAUUGAAUGAAGUUUGAAGUUGGCUUGUGAAAUUUUCUUAGCUCCUUUUUGUAUUGUGAGGAAUCUGUUGGAAUCGAGCGUUUAGGUGGCAAACUGAUGACGUUGAAUCUGGUUGUUGGUUGUUCAUGAGCCUGAUGUUCAAACUGACAGUUAAACUGUUGUAUGAUAACAAAAUCUGGUUUAUUUAUUAGAUACAACAGUUUAACUGAACUGUGAUUUGUUAUUUGUGUGAACAAAUAUGAUUGUUUAUUCUAUACACACUCCUUUUAUGGUGGCAAAAAAUUAUGCUAUGCUACAUUUUGCU